AUGUCUCGGAUACAAGAUAUGUUCAUGCCCCUUUUCACCAAAUCAACAAAGGUUAAUGACGGCAACAAAAGAAAAUCAAUGAAAAAUAAGCCCCAAAAUACAUCAAAUGACGAUGAUCUAAUCAAUUACACCGUUGGACUUGUUUCCGCUUCAAAAUACAAGGAGAUAAAGGACAACUUAGAAAUUCUUAGACUUGAGAAGCUUAGAGAUGAGAACAAUAACGAUCGGGUCAAUAAAACGGAAAAGGUGGUAAAGAAGAGGGUAUUAUCAUUUGCCGAGGAUGAUAUAGCGCAUAGCAAGACUGCGGUGACUAUUUCAAAAGACCCGACCACUUGUACAUCAUUCCUCAAGGAUAGUAAACGUGAGAAAGAGUUACUGGAGGAGAGGGAAAGAUUGACAAAAUUAUUUUACCAAAAUAAAAACAAGGAGAAAAAGGAACUGAUAGAUAUAUUUUACUCAUACUGGGACGGAAACGACCACUUUAAAACGAUAACUUUACCCAAGGGUACGAGUACAUCAUAUUUAGAAACUAGCAUUGGGCAAUUUAUAAAUAAAUGCGUUAAAGAAUUGGCACAACAAUUUCAAGAACUAAGAUCCGCCUCAUGUAGCAAUAUGAUAUAUGUUAAACAGGAUACCAUCAUUCCUAACGAUAUGACUUUUUUUGACAUAAUACAAUCUAAACUGAGGGGUAAGACUGGGCCAUUAUACGAUGUACCUAGCGGAGAAAAUUCGGUUAAUGACAAAUUAAAUGCUGGGAAAAUUUUGGAUAAACGCUGGUAUGAAAGGAAUCAACACGCCUUCCCCGCGUGCAAAUGGGAAAAGUACAAUCCGCACAAGUUGGCCCUAAAAACUAAAUUAUUGAACGAAUUCAAGUGA